AAUGCUCCAUGCUUAUGCCACCGUGUCCUCAUGCAUGUCCUAGUGUCAAAGCAUCAGGAUGAAAAGGAUUCUUCCCCAGAGGGAGACUCACCCAUAAGAUGGCGCGCCCAUCCCCGCUGGCCUGCACGGAAUGUCGCAAGCAACAUCUCAAAUGCGACGCGAAAACCCCCGCCUGCUCCCGCUGUAUGCAGAACCGCCUGAACUGCAACUAUCUUCCAUCGCGCCGGGGAGGGAGGCGGAGAACUCGAGAAGCGGUCCGACAGCAGUCUACUGCAACCCCCGCCUAUCCCCGGCACCUGCAGCAGCAGAUUGCUUCGGGCUCAUCUGUCACAGACUUGAUCAUAACCCCGCACACCACGAACCUGAGCGGAACAGAUGAUUCCUCAAUGGUGUCUGGACAGCAAGCCCGACGUAUGACCCCGUCAGAGGAUGCCCAGGAUUCUUCCGAUUCAGACGCUCGGUUGGUCCGUUUGUAUUAUGACAAUUUUCACUCGGCGCACCCCAUCCUCGUCCCCGCUGCAUUAUAUGAAGAGCGCAAGUACCCGGCCUAUUUGCAUCAACUUGUCGUCUUUAUAGGCAGUCAUUUCCUGUCACAGCCAUCUGGGAACUCCCUUCCGGAUUCGACGUCCGUGCAGUUGAGCGCCGGGGGUGAGAGAACGCCGUGCAAAGUUCAAGCUCUCCUCUUGCAUUCCAUAAUCUCAUGUGCUCGUGGCGAAUGCCCACAGGCUCAUGCCUUCUUCUCGCAGGCCGUCGACAUUGCUCUGGAGCUGGGAAUGUACCGAAAGGAUUUCGCAGCCAUCUCUUCCCAUGGGCAGGAUGUUGAAGCCGAAAGUCUGCGUCGGACUUGGUGGGAACUCUUUACCGUGGAUGUUUAUAUGGCCGCUUUGCAGAAGAAAGUCGUCCUGCGGUGCAGUAGCGUUCCUUAUGAUGUGGCCUUGCCGUGUGAAGAAUCAGUGUAUGCAAAUCACACCAAUAUUCCCUCGCCACCAACGCUUGCUGGAUUCAACAAGCGCAUUUUCGCAGACGACGAAGGGGAGCCAUAUCAAUCCCGGUAUUCAUCCUUUAGCUACCGUAUCGAGGCAGUCUGCAUCCUGGCGCGAGUACUAGUGCUCAAUAGUCUGCCCGAGACUCACAGGGACCACCUACAAGCCGUGGAGAACGCACUUGUCAGCUGGACAAACCAUCUUCCGCCAAAUAAAGUUGAUAUUGUCGACACUUACGGUAGUGUUGAUGAGAUACUCUUUCAGGCACAUAUCACCAUUCACUACGCGGCAAUGCUUCUGCAUCUACCGAGGAGCAGUCUGCGACCCGUUUGUCCAGAUGUGGGAUUCCCGAUAUGCCCGGUGAUCCCAUCUCGCCUUUCCCCAUCAUUCACCCGCCAUGUCCAUGACAUAAAAACGACCGAAGCAUCAAAACAGCUGUCUAAUCUACUCUCUGUGCGCCCCAGUGUACAGCGAUACAGCCCAUUUGUUGUAUUCAGCCUAGUACUAUGCGGAAUGGUACAGCUCGCUACAAGUCGGAUUCACUCCUCUGACUGUUCCGAUCACCACUGCAAUCGCAUCAUUCUUGUGCUGGGGUGUCUUAAGACAUUGCGGCAGAAAUGGCCUAUUGCAAACCGAGCUCAUCAAUAUCUUCGGUGUGUGGCAGCAGAAACAUUCACCGCUUGGAUUGAGUCCCGAUACCCACAAACCAGCAGCGGCGUGCCCUCUGCCGCAAGAAACGAGGCCCCUAAUAAUUCUUCGUCUGCCGAACAUAAUGCGUGGACUGCUAUUGCGGGAAAUCACCCUUUUAUCCGGUGUACAGAGACCGAUGUUCAAGGACUGUUCUCACCUGGACUGCUAUCAGCAUAUAUCGACCCGACAUGCAGUGAGCCACUGCUUUUGAGCUCCAUGCCUGAACUUGACUUCACUUGA